AGUAAGUGGCAAUGGGCAAGUGUUAACCUUAUGGCUUUAUCAACAGUAGCCACUAGCCUAACUCGCUCCCCUCUCAGUCUCAGGUCAUCAUUCCUCAGGCAUACACAUCAUACACUCUCUCUCCUCAAUUUCGCCUUUUCUCCCCUCUCACUCACUCGUGUCAGCUCCCAUUACCGGCGCCGAAGCUUGAAAACCAUGGCUUCGAUGCCUGAAGCAAUAAGUACCGCACCCUACGGUUCUUGGAAAUCUCCGAUCACCGCCGAUGUUAUCUCCGGCGGAGAGAAACGGCUCGGAGGAAUCGCUGUCGAUGGUCACGGCCGCCUUAUUUGGCUAGAAUCUCGUCCUACUGAAGGAGGACAGUGCGUCCUUGUUAAAGAAGCUGAGAAUCUAGGAAUGGCACCAGUGGACAUAAAUUCUAAAAAUUUUUCUGUUCGCACACGUGCUCAAGAGUAUGGAGGUGGUGCCUUUGCAGUUUCUGGAGAUACUGUAGUAUUCUCAAAUUACAAGGAUCAGAGACUCUACCUGCAGUCGCUUGCUUCGGGAGAUGCUUCUCCCUCUCCAAUCACUCCAGAUUAUGGUGGACCGACAGUUUGCUAUGCAGAUGGAGUUUUUGAUCCUCGCUUUCCUCGUUUUAUCACUGUAAUGGAAGAUCAACGUCAAAGUAACUUAAAUCCAAUUGCCACAAUUGCGUCGAUCAGCCUUGGAGGUGGUGAUAUACAAGAACCUAAAAUUUUAGUUGGUGGGAAUGAUUUCUAUGCUUUUCCACGCAUGGAUUCUGAAGGGGAGCGGAUGGCUUGGAUUGAGUGGGGACACCCCAACAUGCCCUGGGACAGAUCCGAGCUUUGGGUUGGCUACAUGUCUGAAGAUGGAGAUGUCUACAAACGCAUCUGUGUUGCUGGUGGGAAUCCCGCCCUUAUUGAGUCUCCAACUGAGCCCAAGUGGACACCAGAAGGUGAUCUACUUUUCGUUACUGACAGGAACAACGGGUUCUGGAAUCUCUAUAAAUGGAUAGAGUCUACAAACGAGGUUAAAGCUCUGUAUUCCAUGGAAGCAGAGUUUGCAAGGCCUUUGUGGGUUUUUGGUAUGAGUUCUUAUGAAAUCAUAGACAGUCGCGAUCAAAACAACUUGAUUGCUUGUAGCUACAGGUUGAAAGGAAGAUCAUAUAUUGGAGUCCUUGAUGAUUCCCAGAGCUCUUUAACUCCUCUUGACAUUCCUUUCACAGAUAUAAGCAACAUUACAUCAGGUCACAAUUGCUUGUAUAUUGAGGGAGGAUCUGCAUUUCAUCCAUUGUCAGUGGCAAAGGUGGCCUUGGAUGAUAAAAAACGAAAAGUUGUGGAUUUUAGCAUUAUGUGGUCUUCUUCGCCAGAAAGUUCAAAGUAUGAUCCAUAUUUUAGCUUACCAGAGUUCAUUGAAUUCCCUACAGAGAUACCAGGACAAAAUGCUUAUGCAUACUUCUAUCCUCCCACUAACCCUGCCCAUCAAGGUGGUCUUGGAGAAAAACCUCCACUGCUGCUGAAAAGUCAUGGAGGACCCACUGCAGAGACUCGUGCGAUCCUCAAUCUUAGCAUACAGUACUGGACCAGUCGUGGUUGGGCAUUUGUAGAUGUAAACUAUGGUGGAAGUACAGGUUAUGGAAGAGAAUACCGGGAGCGUUUGUUGGGAAACUGGGGCAUCAUUGAUGUUAAUGAUUGUUGCAGUUGUGCUAAAUUUCUGGUGGACAAUGGAAAGGUAGAUGGUGAUCGACUUUGUAUAACUGGAGGUUCUGCUGGUGGAUAUACGACCUUAGCCGCUCUUGCUUUUAAGGAGACUUUCAGAGCUGGGGCUUCUUUAUAUGGUGUUGCAGACUUAAACUUACUUAGAGCUGAAACACACAAAUUUGAAUCGCAUUAUAUUGACAAUCUGGUUGGGAAUGAAAAAGCUUAUUUUGAGAGGUCACCCAUCAACUUUGCUAAUGAAUUUUCUUGUCCAAUUAUUCUCUUCCAGGGAUUGGAAGAUAAGGUUGUACCCCCUGACCAAGCUCGAGCAAUCUACAAAGCAUUGAAGGAGAAGGGUUUGCCUGUUGCUCUAGUAGAGUACGAAGGUGAACAACAUGGAUUUCGAAAGGCUGAAAACAUCAGGUUCACUGUUGAGCAACAAAUUGUCUUCUUUGCACGCACGAUUGGGAACUUCAAAGUUGCUGAUGAAAUUAAUGCAAUCAAGAUUGAUAACUUUGAUUAAUCGGCUGCAGCCUAUGUGAUUGCAUUUUUGCUGGCGGAUAUGACUCAUUUGUUGCCAGGGGCGGGUCCGGCGUGGGUUCAACUGAACUGACGAAUAAUAUGGCGAAAAAAGAAGAAAAUAAUCGACAGAAAACUGAAAAACAAAAGUUAUAAGCAUGCUGCAUCAAUUCUAUUCAGCUACAAGUGUUUGGUUCAGUGGUUGUUGGGUUCUCUGUCUUUGGCCCUUGUUUGACGCGGAUUUUUCUUCCUUUUCAGUUUUCCCUUUUUUUUUUUUUUUAAAUUUCUAUUUUGUUGGCAAUAUCCUCGAGUUCUCCACAGAUCUUUCUUUCCCUUUCCUUUGUAUUUGUUUUCCUUUCUUUUAGCUUUAGUUUUUUAAUUUUGUAAAACUAUCUAGUUUGAGUGCUAUUUUAUUUAAAUAAUAUAGACUCAUCUUCCUAUGUUA